CUCUAUAGAUGCUUGGCAGGGGGGAGGGUGUCAGGGUGAUGGCUCUAUGACACUCCUGUUGCUGUCAAGGGCUCAGAUGUACCUGGAACUAGAUGGAACACAAGGCUUCGAUUCCUGGAGAGCUUUACAAGUCCCAUUCCUAGUCUUUAGCCACAGGAACCACAUGACUUACUUCCCCUGGAACUAGGGCUAGAUACCUGGGCUCCCCAAGAAGGUGGGUGUGUGUAUGUCUGUGUGAGAAAGACUGGAGGGAAAUCCCACCUGCUGUGAGUCACCUGCCUAGCAUAAAGGGCGGUACAGAGUGAAGAGCUUAAAAAGACACAAGCAGCAACCCAAAGAGAGAGAGAGAGAGAGAGAGAGAGAGAGAGAGAGAGAGAGAGAGAGAGAGAGAGAGAGCCUGAGAAUUAACAAGGAAAGCAAAGAAUAAGACAGGAAGCAGAACGGGUCACACAGACCAGUACCAGAGAGAGGCUGUGCACUAUAUAGAGAAAGCUGCAGAACCAACGGAGAUGAAGUCUGGGCUCAGGAUGCUGCUGCUGCUUCUGCUGCUGCUGUGGACUGCUGAAGGCCGGGCAGUGCUUGGUGGAAGGAGCAUUGCCUGGGAUCGGUGCCAGGAACUGUCUCAGAACGUUACUGCCUUGGCAUGGGGCAUUGACCGGCAGACGGGAAAUCUGGAGCUGCUGAGAGAGGAAGGCACUGGAGAGGUUGUGGAUCAUGUGCCCCACAUCCAGUGUGGUGAUGGCUGUGAUUAUCAGAGUCUCAGUGACAAUAGCCAGCUCUGCUUGCAAAAGAUACAUCGAGGCUUAAUCUUUUAUGGUCACUUGCUGAACUCGGAAAUUUUCACCGGGGAACCUUCUCUACUCCAGGAUGGUCCUGUGGGGCAACUCCAUUCCUCGCUGCUGGGCCUCAGCCAGCUCCUACAGCCCAACGACCGAGCCUGGAAGAAACAGCAGGUUCCUAGCCCCAGCAAGCUAUGGCAGCGCCUCCUCCUUCGCCCCAAGAUCUUACAAAGACUUAGAGCCUUUGCUGCCCUUGCUGCUCGAGUUUUCAGCCAUGGGGCAGCUACUCUGAGCCCCUAGGGGACAGACUAAUACUACCUGGAGAGCUAACAUGGCCAUCACUACAUGCAAGAAACCAAGUAAUGCUGAGUUGCAUGCUUCAAGUGCUGAGAGAGCACUGUGAAUGUCAACAACUUACCAACACUGACAAUAGUCUGAAUGGCUGGGCCAACAGAUAUUUAUUUAGGGAAAAUCAAAGUAUUUAUCCUCA